CCGCCCUGUCGCCUGGCAGCUGCCCCGGAAGUUGUCGCCGGGGCCGGUUCAGCUCCGGUGAAGUCUCCGCCGCACACCGUGGGGCCCUUUGGCGGGGCAGGACAGACCCGGCACCUGGGGAGGGCAGCAGGACGGCCGGGUGUGGAUGAGGCUCCUAGCGGGGGAGCCGCAGCAGCAGGUGAGGGAGAGGGUGGUACCCCCCGGGCGGGCAGCAGCACGGCCUCUGGAUACCGGGUCAGGUAACCCCCAUCCCUGGACCAUAACACAUCAUCCUCCAAUAUGGCCGGCCAGCCUGACUGCCAAUUACACACAGCCAUCCCAAUACCAAACAUGUCUGUCCAUGUACUGCCAUUACAUUACACAUCUAUUGUACAGCAGAUAAGUUUCCACUCAUUCUGUAAGGCUCACAGUGGGCUAUUGACUUACAAACUGUAAUAAUUGUCAUUAUGUGGUGCAUGUUCAAGUAUAUUUGGUGGGUUUCAACAUAAAUAUUUAAGUUGCUUUAACUAAAUUUUUAAAUAUAAUUGAUAAUACUGCAUUAUAACAGUCUUCGUGCAUCAGCGCAUUCUAGCUGCCCCGGUGCAUCAGCGCAUUCUAGCUGCCCGGUGCAUCAGCGCAUUCUAGCUGCCCCGGUGCAUCAGCGCAUUCUAGCUGCCCCGGUGCAUCAGCGCAUUCUAGCUGCCCCGGUGCAUCAGCGCAUUCUAGCUGCCCCGGUCCAUCAGCGCAUUCUAGCUGCCCCGGUGCAUCAGCGCAUUCUAGCUGCCCCGGUGCAUCAGCGCAUUCUAGCUGCCCCGGUGCAUCAGCGCAUUCUAGCUGCCCCGGUGCAUCAGCGCAUUCUAGCUGCCCCGGUGCAUCAGCGCAUUCUAGCUGCCCCGGUGCAUCAGCACAUUCUAGCUGCCCCGGUGCAUUAUAGCAGUCCUAGUGCAUCAGCGCAUUAUAGCAGUCCUAGUGCAUCAGCGCAUUAUAGCUGCUCCGGCGCACCAGCGCAUUAUAGCUGCACCCGCGCAUUAUAGCUGCACCAGCGCAUUGUGGCUACCCCCGGCGCGCCAGCGCAUUGUGGCUACCCCCGGCGCGCCAGCGCAUUGUGGCUACCCCCGGCGCGCCAGCGCAUUGUGGCUGCUCGGCGCAUUAUAGCUGCCCGACGCAUCAGCGCAUUACAGCUGCCCGGCGCAUCAGCGGCCCUCGCGCACCGGCGAAUUACAGCUGUCUUUUAGGAGGUGCCGAUUUACAACACUAAUAAUGUGCCUUUUUGGAGUUUAAGAGGGCUGCUGAUGGGAGAUAAAUACCCGGAGCCUAGUCCAAUGUCCUCUGUAGUCCAGUCAGCCUUUUAUGAUUGACAGCAGACCUGCAGGAACAGUUAUAGAGGGUGUAAAACUCAGUUCUCUCCUAGCUCCUCCAGUGCCAUUUUCCAUCUGCCCACUAACAUCCUCUCACACAGGAAGGAGGAGCAGGGACAGCACUGAGCGGUUCACACAAUAUAACAGCUACUGCAAUUCUACUAUAACUCUACUAUCAAUCAUUGAAGUGUGUGUACUUUGCACAUAACCCUUUAAACUCCACAUGUCUGUAUCCUAAACACCCCAUGUUCCCUAACCCUAAAUUAAACUCCUCCCAAAACUUUUACAAACUCUUAACUUGGCCAAAUAUUUAGCAAUUAAAAGCCUUAGAUAUUUCUUUUAAGUCAGUUGUAGAAGGGGGGCAUGGGUUAUAGUGUAUAGCCAAAUAUUAUCUGUCAGGGCUCCAAUUCAAAGUAAGUAAGUUUAUAGUGUGGAUUGAGUUGUAUCUAAAAGUAGACAAUGGACCAUCUAUCCUUUUUAUUCCCCUUCCUUUUUUGGGGGGGGAUGUAAGGUUAUUUUGCAGAAUUGGGAAAGAGAGACCCAAUUACCUCAGGUUACCCAAUUAAAUAAUAGACCAGGGGAUCUCUGACCCACAACCCCCAUUUGAUAUGAGACCUACACCCACUUAACAAAAAGUGUGUACUGCACAAACACCUAUGUGUGUGUAUAUAGGUAGAGUAAUUAAUAUAUAUAUAUAAUAUAUAUAUAUGUGUAUAUGUGAUUAAACAAACAGUGAUUAAAAGAUACAGUUAUUAAAGAAUUACCUUUACAACAACCAGGGCUGUUUUCUGUUUUUAGCCCAAGGCAAACUAAUCAUUUGCCUUGGGAGACACUAUUUAGGGGACGGCAACAAAUUCCGUCCCAAAUGCCCGUUUGGACUUCCCUGGUGUCCUCACCUGUUAUGAGGAUCCAUAAACUGAUGCAUGGGAUAGCCUUCCAGCGGGAGUGGUAGAAGUUAACACAGUGAAGGAGUUUAAGCAUGCGUGGGAUAGGCAUAAGGUUAUUCUAGAUAUAAGAUAAGGCCAGGGACUAAUGAAUGUAUUUAGAAAAUUCUUAUCUGCCAUCACAUUCUAUGUUUCUAUGUUCGUGUAAGUGUGUGUCUGUCAGUAAACAUAUGUGUUGGUUAAAUAGUGUGUGAGAUAAUGACUGUAUAUCAGUGAGUGCCCUAGUGCAUCAGCGCAUUAUAGCCGUCCUUUUUGGAUCCAUUAUUACCAGCUGUCAUAUAUGGUGGAAAAGCACCAACGUUUAAACUUUAAACUCACAAAAAGUUAAUUACAUUGUAAAUUAUUCAGUUUUGCUAUUUUCCAAGCAUGAUUCUUUUAACUAACCUCAAAAUCUGUCUGCAAUCAUUACUUAGUGAUCUUAAAGGACCACACUAGACACCCAGACCACUUCAGCUUAAUGAAGUGGUCUGGGUGCCUGGUCCUUCUAGGGUUAACCCAUUUUUUAAUAAACAUAGCAGUUUCAGAGAAGCUGCUAUGUUUAUGAAUGGGUUAAGCCUUCCCCUAUUUCCUCUAGUGGCUGUCUCAUUGACAGCCACUAGAGGCGCUUGCGUGCUUCUCACUGUGAUUUUCACAGUGAGAGCACGCCAGCGUCCAUAGGAAGGCAUUGUAAAUGCUUUCCUAUGCGACCGGCUGAAUGCGCGCGCAUUCAGCCGCGCGGCGCAUUCAGCCGACGGGGAGGAGAGAGGAGGAAGGAGGAGAGCUCUCCGCCCAGCGCUGGAAAAAGGUAAGUUUUUACCCCUUUCCCCUUCCAGAGCCGGGCGGGAGGGGGUCCCUGAGGGUGGGGGCACCCUCAGGGCACUAUAGUGCCAGGAAAACGAGUAUGUUUUCCUGGCACUAUAGUGGUCCUUUAAUAGAUGCACUCUUUAUUUGGGUAUGUCUCUAGAAAAUGUAAAAUUUGCCAUACAAAGAGAUGUGAUAACCAGGAAUAUAGUAACCACACACACUAUAUGUGGAUAGUGUAAAUAUCAGAAGUGAGUCUUGCAUUGAUAAUGAGUUUAAUGAAAAAUUCUCAUAUAGACACUGUAGAGUUAAAAUAGUAAUCUCACUGAGCUACAUUUAUUGAUAGUUCCUGUGAUGUAAUUAUUUGUAUGGCAAAUUCAGCUGCUGUACAGAUGUGAGAGUUGAAUACACUUACAAAGUCUCAGCAAAAUGCAGUGGUUGAGAAUCUCAACACAUGAGUGGAGUGAAACAAAUAUCUUACCUUGUGUGUGAAUACUUAAGGGUGAAGGUCCCCUACUCUGUAACACUUUGAAAAGCCUUCUGUAUAGGUGAAACGCGUUAGUGUUACUUUUUAUUUGUUUAUUUGCGACUAUAGUGUUCCUUUAAGGGGGAAUCUUGUGCCUCAUUGCUAACUUUAAAAAUAUAUAUUUAUAUCUUUAAUAUUAUUUAAAUAGUACUAAACAACAUCAAAAAGCCACAUUAGGUUGUUUUCUAUCGAACCCAGUCUGUGCAUCUGUACAUUUUAUAAUCUGGAGAGCGCUUUAUGAGAUACCAGCAUUGCAGUAGCAAAAUAUGUACCUCAUAAAAAAAAUGUAAAAAUAUUCUAACACUGCUUCUAUACUAUUUUCUACCAUUCUCAGCAACACACAGCAAUUAGAAUAAGGACAUUGUCUGACUGUUAGCACUUCCUUUGGGAUCUUCUUGUACAGCAUUAGACAAACAUGUGGGGCUUUACUUGUAGGGAUGUAUUAAUACAUAGAUCAGUAAUUUUUACUAUUAAGAUAUACCAAGAACAGUCUGUUUCAUGUAUUUCUCUGCUGUACCAGCUUCAUUCUUGAAGGGUUGAUUAAAGGGACACUAUAGUCACCUGAACAACUUUAGCUUAAUGAAGCAGUUUUGGUGUAUAGAACAUGCCCCUGCAGCCUCACUGCUCAAUCCUCUGCCAUUUAGGAGUUAAAUCCCUUUGUUUAUGAACCCUAGUCACACCUCCCUGCAUGUGACUUGCACAGCCUUCCAUAAACACUUCCUGUAAAGAGAGCCCUAUUUAGGUUUUCUUUAUUGCAAGUUCUGUUUAAUUAAGAUUUUCUUAUCCCCUGCUAUGUUAAUAGCUUGCUAGACCCUGCAAGAGCCUCCUGUAUGUGAUUAAAGUUCAAUUUAGAGAUUGAGAUACAAUUAUUUAAGGUAAAUUACAUCUGUUUGAAAGUGAAACCAGUUUGUUUUUUAUGCAGGCUCUGUCAAUCAUAGCCAGGGGAGGUGUGGCUAGGGCUGCAUAAACAGAAACAAAGUGAUUUAACUCCUAAAUGACAGUGAAUUGAGCAGUGAAAUUGCAGGGGAAUGAUCUAUACACUAAAACUGCUUUAUUUAGCUAAAGUAAUUUAGGUGACUGUAGUGUUCCAUUAAGAUUUGUAAAUGGAUUUGUGGUAUAGAAAAGGGGGGGGGGGGGAAAGGCAAGUAUUUGUGUUUUUUAAUUUAACUCAAAUAGAUUGUCAACCUAGACAUUUUUCAUCAUGUUUUGUUUAGAAAUUCCAGCCAAGUAGCCUAUAGAUCUUUAAAGCAGCAAUGCCAAUGUCUUUAGGUUUUUCAAAUUUUCGCUGCUGCAAUGUUUCUUUAGCUCCUUGUGGUUAUACCUGUUAGGAGCCACGCCAGUGAUGUAAUCUUGGAAGGUCUUCUUCACAUGUGCAGUAAGGCACCUGGAGCUCUUUGCAUGGGAUAGUGCAUGCUCCAUUCAGGCCUCGCUCGUAGUGGCAAUGGCUGGAUGUCGCGGAAUGAGCCCUGGCCUUCGAUUGCCACAUUUUGCUAAAAAAGUGUUUUCUACGUGACCUAGAUAUUUAGUUUCCUAUAUUUCUUUUGAUUGGAUUGGAAUUUCAAAGUAAGAGUUAUUCAUAAAAAAUCUAGCUUUAUGAAUGACUCAAAAGUGACCAUGGAAGAUGUACAGCAGAGAUGCCCAAAAGGAAGAUCCUCAGAUGUUGUAGAACUACAACUCCUUAAUAAUGCUUUUUGAGUGACAAAGCAUCAUGGGAGUUGGAGUUUUAAAACAUCUGGAUAUCUUCCUUCUGAACACCCCUGAUUUACAGAGUUAUUCACAAAAGUGAGAAUUCAAAGUGAAUUUUAAAUUUAAAGACAGAGUAGGCGACCUGAAAGCAUAGCUGACUUAGAGAAUUUUUCAGUGUUGGUGCCUGUGCAAGGAUUGCCAAUGUAAUAUUAAGUAGAAUUAAAAAGGGAGGGAGAGAAUGAUGUGUGUAGGAAGAGAGUUGGAGAGAAGAUGGGGGAAAAAAAAGGGGAAGGGGGGCAUUUGCCCGAACCAAGCCCGGAUCCUGGUCAUCUGUGUACCUGGUUACAUUAUAAGGAGUUUUGUACCACUAUAUGAGAAGUUUAAAACUUGAUUCCUGAAAUUCCUGGUGUAAAUAUGUCAGACCAUUCUUCCUGUGUAAAUGAAUGUUUCAGAUCACAUUCCCAAUAUUUAGUGCAGUACAAAAGAGAUGUGUCUUGUGAAGGGGAGUUCAGAUCCGCGUGAAGGUGUGGAUUUGUUCGAAAGCAUAGUGAUUCAAAGUAAGUUGAAGGGCAAAUGGAUGCCGGCAGUCCUGAUGAAACAAACCAGUAGUUGAGGGGGUUGGUGGAUAUUCAGUUCAGCCAGUGUGCUAAAAAAAAGGCUAUUCCAAGGCAAAUGUGUUAUGGGAGGCCCAGUGAAAAAUAUGAAUUGUUUGCCUGUGGCUGGAGGGAUCUGGAAGUUCCAGGUGAUGGCCAAGAUAGGUAGUCGAUUGGAUUUUAAUUUGAAGAACUGUGUGCUUGCAUUGAUUUUAUUUCUUCACGUAAAGGAAUGUCAUUCCUACAACAUCAUUAACCCCUUAAGGGCACGUGACAUGUCAUGAUUCCCUUUUAUUCCAGAAGUUUGGUCCUUAAGGGGUUAAAGGGACAUUUCACACACCUAAAGUACUUUAACAACAACAAGAUUACAGCAGCCCCUCUGGACCCCAUGGAAAGCAUCCAAUUAAGCUCUCCCAAUGCAUCUCUUCGGGGACUAUUCUGUGCCUCUGUGCGGAGUGUGGAAACACUGAAUGUAGGUGCUGCCCACUGUGACUAGGAAGCACCUCUAUUGGCUGUCUCAGUGACUGUCACAAGAAGUGUUACUGGGAAGUAAUGAAAAUGAGUGUUUACAUUGAAAAGCUUGCAGAGAGAGACUAUAGACACCAGAAGCUGUAGCGAUUCUAUUGAUUAUAGUGUCCUUUUGAGAAGUCAAUUUUUGUUGUUGAAAAUAAAGCUUUGUAAGUUUAAAAAACAAAACAAAAAAAACAACCAAACCGAACUCCUAACUUAUAUAGCUGGCUCAUAGAUUCAAAUAUAUAUCUAUAUCUUAUCUGUAAAUCCUGUAACCAUUAUCCUAACCCUUAGUCACCCAUAGCCCUGUUGGCAGAAUGUUUUGCUAGCUGAAAUUUGCAUAUUGUUUAUUUUUCACACAUUCCAGUUUAGUGAAUAAAUAAUGGACGGACCUUGCAUCCUAUGAGCUGUGAAUUUAAAAUCACAUUUUAAAUAGCUAAAGUUUCAUGUUGUGAAAGAAACUGAAUAUGAAUAAUCCAGCAGAAUGAUGGGCUUGUUCCUCCAAAGAAGAGUCGCACUCCUUUCUGAGUAGAUAGCCUCUGUCACAUUCUCCUUCUGAACUCUCUAGAUAUGAAUCCUGUCUGUGUUCUGACCUUGCAUGCUUUGAGAAUUGUAUAGCUCCACUGACUCCCUCCGCCACUGCCUGCCUUAUGAAGGCAAUAAUGUCUGUGUGGUUAGACACCAAAGGUUGACUCAUGCAGCCAAACUGAUGCAAGUUAUUCACAACUUCUUGCCUUCAGCCUCCAACUCAUCACAAACGUCACCACGGGUAGGUCUAGGUCUCCUGUCUGCGGAAGUACUUCUCUCUUGGCCAAUGAUGUAUGCAUCAUGAAAGGGAAAUUUCCACUUUAGAUAUAUCAGAGAAGACAGCCCACACUGCUUGAAUCCCAGGAGGUACAAGUAAUCCUCUUACCAUUUUAAAAUUGUUUGACUCAUUACUAUGGUAUGGCGUCAGGGAACACCUGUCACCAUAGCCACUACAUGGCUAUGGAGAUAUUAAACAAUUAGUUUCAUUGGAGAUAUUCAAUCAUUGGAGAUAUUAAACAAUUAGUUGUGAAAUAUAUUUAUACAUAUACUUUCUUAGUGUAUGGAGUAAUAAUAAUGUAUUAACAUCUUAUAUUAGUCAGUAUUAAGCACCUCUCAAAGUAAAAUCAUUAUCACUAUGGUAACCAUUAUUUAAGUAUCACAAGAUGAACAAAUAUAUGGAAAAUGUUUCAUGCAGUCCUUCCUGUCAUGUAAUCAAAAUUGGAUACAGUUUUGUUGAAAAUCUGCACAUUUUUUCCAGUACGGUUUAUAAUGUAACCUUUUUGCACUUUGAUAUCAUGGAUAUUCUUCUGUGUUCUAGGCAAGAGUUUAUUUUUUUAUUAAUCAAGUAGUUUUAUUAAUUUGGUUGCAAUCACUCAGAAUCACUCUAGUCAUAACGUCGCAUCAAUUGACAAAAAGCCAGCAGGUUGCACUCCACAGUUUCAUACUUCAAGAGUGCUUACUCAUAAGCAAGUGUCUCUCUUCUCAUGAAGAUCCAAACAUAUUAAAGGGUUACUUCAAGCACCAUGACAACGUCAGUGUUUUGCAUUGGCCGUGGUACUUGGAGUCUGCACGUUUAUCCCCUCUGCAUCUCCAGCAUCAUUAUUGGGUCGUCAUUAGGCAGACCAGUACUGGCUGCCUCAGGUUAAGGUGCUAACUAUAAUGAAAAGCUGAAGAGGGCAGCAGUAAGUCUCACAGAGAUUCAUAUGGGAAAUAGAAGUCUUCAUAUACAGAAUGCUGUUUCUUUUAAAGACUAAAACAAAUAGAAAAAGCAUAGAUUAUAUCAGGGCAGAGAAAAGUAAUUAAUGCCCAAAACACACCCUUUUUAGAGCCAAUGAAACCUCUACCAAAAACAGAAUAGACUCUAUAACCCCCAUCUGAGGAUGUAGUCACUUUGGAGAAAUCCCUAGGGUGAAACCCGUUAAGUGUAGACCAUUGGAUUUUAUCUACAGUUUUGUAAGUUCACUUUUAAGUUUCUGAUUUUUAUAAUAAAGGUAGCUUUCUUUUAUUAUCCUCUUUGAAUUUCUUUGAAAUUUUAUUUUAAAUUCUUUAUUUAUACAGUUGGGGUUUUUUCUUUUUGUUUACAAAGCAAUGACCUAUCACACGUUUGUUAAAAAAGAAAAUUGGAAGCAUUAGGAACUGUAUGACAGUUGUUCCAAUCACUUUGCCAAGAAUAUAAAAAGAAACGUAUAACAUAAACUUAAGUAAACAGUAACAAUGCAAGUUGACAAAUUUUGCAUGGUAUAAUCUUGCAUAUAGUUUAUAAGCAACAACCACAGUUCUGAUUUUAGCUUGACGAAAAGCAAAUGAGGAUUCCGUGAUUCUCUCCAUGUGAUUCUUACAGUGGUCUGUAACCUAUAUAUUCCCAAAUGAGCGGGUAAAUAGGGCAAGCUUUCGUUUAUGGCUUCCAUCUGACAGAAGAGUAAUUGGAGUAUACAUGUAACCACACUCAGUCCAUAGAGCAGUACACUGCCUCUUUGGAUUUGUUUUAUUGGCUUGGCUGUUUUAUCCUGCUUCACUGUUAUCCGUAGUGGUGGUCAAACUGCUAAAUUCCAUGCUAUGGAAUCUGUAAGUGGGAUACUUCUGUUCAUAUGUAACAUGUUGAAAUUACAUACUGUACCAUUGGAAUUUUCUCUUUUUUCCCCCCCAUUCUUUUCUUUAUAUGUCUUACAUUCACAUUUUGGCUGAGCUUCAACAUAUUGGAGGUCUAUUGCCUUUGGCUAGGCUACAUACGUCAUACGUCCCUCCCCUUAGUUCAUUGUUUUUUUGUUUUUGUUUUUUAGUAAUUUGCUGAGAUCGUAGUAAUCAAGGCUACAUUUCAUCUCCAAUUGCAAUAUUUGCUUUAUUUACCUCAAAUUUUAAAAGGUUAGUUUACUUUAUUUAUAGAGAGGUCUUUUAGACUUACGAUCUACAUAUGAUUCUAUUAUAGGGAAUUAUUUGCUAAUCAUCUAUUUUACAGUUAUCUCCUACCUCUUUAUUUCCUCUCUUCUUUCUUAUACAGUGUUCUUUAAAGGCACAUUAUAGUCAUCAGAACUACUGCAGCUUAAAGGGACACUAUAGAACUCAUUGAAGUGGUCUGGCUGCACUGUCCCAGGUCUUGUAACCCUGCAAAAAUAAUUAUUGCAGUUUUUAAGACUCUGGGUUCAGGGUUAACUCCACUUCUAGUGGCUGUCUAUCAGACUACACAUGAUGACUCCAAUGUCACCAGAAUCCUCAUAGGAAAGCAUUGAUGGGAGGGGGUAGCUCUAGUGUCAGGAAAACACUAUAGUUUCUCUUUAAUGUAGUAGUAAUCGUAUCUAUAGCAAGUUCCUUUGGGCAUUUUCAUGUAAAUACUGCCUUUUCUUAGAAAAGGCAGGGGUGGCUAGAAAAUCUUUACUUCAACCAACCCCAUCUUCUCUCUAUUUGGGGUGGAGGGUUCUUAGUUUGGUCUUAGUUUGAUAUUUUUUUAUAUAUAUAUUUUUUUUUCUGUCAGCCCUCUAUUACUUGUUUUUGUGCAUUUUUAGACAUUUAUGUAUUGUGAUCUCUUUCCAUAAGUUAUUGUGGGCCUCCAAGCCACAUUUAUGGUUCUUUAUUGUGUUUUGUCAUUUCAUUUACUGUACCUUUAAAACAACAAAAUGUAAUUUAUCGUAAACUAUUCAUAUAUCAUGCUAUAUUUGAUUCCACUGGAAAAAAAAUGUGGGGGGGGAAUAUCCACCAUUGUUAGUUUUGUAUUUUAAUCUGUCACUGCACAGGAAAUUGAGCUGUUCCACUUGCUUAGUGUAUGUUCAAAAGCAAGCCUGACAAAUUUAGGCUAACAAAUAUAUAGCCUUCAAACCAAUCUACACAAAGUGUGACUUGCUCCACCUGACAAUCAAUUCUGACGCCAUAGCUCAGGGAUAGGCAACCUUCGGCACUCCAGAUGUUGUGGACUACAUCCCCCUAAAUGCUCUUACACCCAUAAUGCUGGCAAAGCAUCAUGGGAGGUGUAGUCCAAAACAUCUGCAGUGCCGAAGGUUGCCUAUGCCUGCCAUAGCUCAUUUGUAGAAAAUGGAUUGGCAGAGCAGGAGAACCUUGCUACCUGCAGUUUUUCUACAAAGCUUCACAGCAACUACAUAACGUUGCCUGAGUAAUAAGAAACGGGGUACAUGCAUCAUUCUUGUGAAACGAGAUUGGGCUUGCUAAACAGUCAAUCAAGUAUGAGGCAGGAGGGAAUGUGAAUAAGACAUCUGGUGUUAAAUCUACUGUCAAUAUCAUGGCACUGGAGAAGGGGUAAGUAUUGUAUUAAAACACCUAAAGCAGUGAAAUGUAUAGUUUAUAAUGAACUAUAUUGUGUUGCUUUUGGAUGCAUUUCCUUAAAGAUUAACAUGAUAUAUUCACUUUAAAACACUUGGCAAAUAUUUCAUUUUGCAGAUAUGUCUUUUGAUCAAGCAGAACUUUCUAUAUAAAAUAUAAUUUCUACGGAUGUAUUUAAAGGGAUACACAAAGCAUCAGAACACCUUUUGAUUAAUAAUGCAGUGUAUAGCUUAUGCCCUUGCAUACUCACUACUCUGCCAUUUAGAAGUAGAAUCACUUUGCUUAUCAAGAAGGAGGCUACUUGUAGUCUCUAGCAGAUAUUGGCAGAGCAGGAGAUAAUACAUUAAUAAUACAGUAAUAUUAUCAUUAUAUAAUACAAUUAUACAGCUGCUUAUUGAAUCAGUGUUUUUUUUUUCCAAUUCUCUGAACUUCAGUGCAAUAAGAGGCACCAGAGUUAUAAACAUAUUGGCACAAAUGUUGCUCCAUUUUAGAAACUUUGUGACUUGCAUGGAACUCAUUGCCUUGUUUGCAUGAAGCAUAGUGAGAUUUAAAGGGAGACUUCUCUGAAAGAAUGGGAAAAAAUAUGAAAUCACUGUUAAGUGAAUAUAUAUCCCCAAUGAGUACAUGCAUAUAUUUUCAAAACUUACCAAAGCUGCAGUUCUUAGCAAGCCCACUGUUUGACAGCCAGGGUUUUUUCUAUAGCUUAUUUAUAAAAGGACCGAUUUCUUGCUGAAAUUGGCACUUUUACAAACUGUGGUUAAAAUAGCACAUUGAAGGGCUUUUGGGGUGUGAAGUGGUAAUUUAAAUAUCUGCUUUCAGAAUAAUUUAACUUCCUAAAGAGAAUUAAAAACUGUAUUAAUGAGAAAUGUGUUUAAUUGUUGCAUAUAUUGGAAACAUGAGAACAAUCUCUCAUAAAGCACAGGAACACAUCAUGGCCUUUUCUCUGCAGUUGUCUUUAGGAUUAUCAGUGCAGACAGAAAUUAUUUAUGUUCAUGAUAGACUACCUUUCCUAACAAAAAGUGAUGGGUUUCUAGAAAUGAUUUACUCUUAUUUGAUAUUUUAAAAUUGGUGUUCUCCAGAAACCAUGGCAGUGCCUUAAUGAAGUGAUGAUAAAUGACAUAAGGAGUAUGGCAUAUAAUUAUGGAAGGAGUGUAUCAACUUUGUGUUUGACUUGUGGCUGCUGGGCAGGAGAGGGUUAAGACCUGUUUGAAUAAUGAUCACAUGUAAUGCUUGAGGCAGUGUUUCAACAGGGAACUGUUCAGAUUGUCCUAGCUAGGUAAUAAUUUCUAAGAACAAGGGAUUAUUAUUUUCAUGGAAGAUGUCUUCCAAAAUUAUAUUAAAAAAGAACAUUUUAUUUUAUGCAUCCACGUAUGUAUAUUCCCCAUAUUUCUUAUUAAAUGUUUUAACCUGGUCAUUUACAUAUAUCAGAGUUCCAACUUGCUCAAUCAAAGUAGCAUUGGCAAGUAGAAUAUUUUCAUUCUGAAAACUCUUAUAGAUAUAAUUUAAUCUGUACCACUAAUGGACGCCUUUUCAUUUUUUUUUUUUUUUUUUAUUGAAUGCAUAAAUUUAUACCUGUUCCAAAUUACCAACCUUAUGCUGUCACAUCUAACUUGUAGAUUGUACAUGGCUUGUUUAUUAUGACAAAGGUUAUUUUUUUCAUUUAAAAAGUGCCAGCUCAUUGUGGAGUUUUUGUAUGAUAGAUAGGUAUAACAUAGAAGUAAAAAACUGUAAAUUUCUUAACCAAGCUUGAACAUUUUUAAAGCGAUCUCUGAAUUAUUAAGAUAACUUGCCUUUUUUUCCCCACCCCACAACUGCCAAUCUGCCCCAGUUCAUUAAGGGUACCUUUAGCAAAUGUAUUAUCAUUGACAUUAAUGAAGGGGGAGUUGUGACAGGAUGAAGUAGUAAGUUGAAGGGGGACUAGUGGAAUGAGAUUGAGUAGAUCGACUUCUUCAAAAGAGAAAUCCGAGGAGGGGUAGCCGGAAUAUUGUAGUGAAAACAGAAUUCCAAUGCCAUUCAUCUUUUCUAUAUGCAGAUAUGAAACUGUGGCUAAGCAUAUCAAGGUAGUAGAAGCAUGGUCAGAGGUUUACAUAAAUGACUUGGGAAACUAGAAAUUAAAGGACAAUGAUUAGAUGAUUUUUUUUGUUUAGGCUGAGGUUUCAGUGUAAGUGUAUGAGUUGAAGAUAAUGAAUUUGUUAAAGACCAUUAAGUAAUAUUAACUAUUAAUAAUAAUAUCUCCAGCUACAAAAUAGCAAAAGAGUUAAUGAGAAGUAGGGGGAAUAGAACUUAUACGACAAGAUAUUGACUGUUUAAGGAAGGCAGAGAAAGUAAAAUUAAAUUGCAUAAGUUCUUUGACUGAGGGGAGCAAAGUAGAUUCUGCAUAUUAAAUUGGGUAAAUGAAAGCAGAAAUAUGAUUUAGUAAUAAAAUAGAAAAGUAAGAUUAAAGGGACACUCGUCACCAAAAUACAUUUUUGUGCAUAAAUCAUGCCUCUGAAGUCUCACUGCUCAAUUCACUGCCAUUUAGGAGUUAAAUUACUAUUGUUUCUGUUUACUCAGCCCUAGCCACACCUCCCCUGGCCUUGACUGACAGCCUGCAUGAUAACAAAAUGGCUUCAUUUUCAAUCAGAUGUAACUUACUAAAAAAUGUUUAAUCUCCUGCUCUGUAAAUUGAACUUUAAAGGGACACUAUAGUCACCUGAACAACUUUAGCUUAAUAAACUAGUUUUGGUGUAUAGAACAUGCCCCUGCAGCCUCACUGCUCAAUCCUCUGCCAUUUAGGAGUUAAAUCCCUUUGUUUAUGAACCCUAGUCACACCUCCCUGCAUGUGACUUGCACAGCCUUCCAUAAACACUUCCUGUAAAGAGAGCCCUAUUUAGGCUUUCUUUAUUGCAAGUUCUGUUUAAUUAAGAUUUUCUUAUCCCCUGCUAUGUUAAUAGCUUGCUAGACCCUGCAAGAGCCUCCUGUAUGUGAUUAAAGUUCAAUUUAGAGAUUGAGAUACAAUUAUUUAAGGUAAAUUACAUCUGUUUGAAAGUGAAACCAGUUUUUUUUUCAUGCAGGCUCUGUCAAUCAUAGCCAGGGGAGGUGUGGCUAGGGCUGCAUAAACAGAAACAAAGUGAUUUAACUCCUAAAUAACAGUGAAUUGAGCAGUGAAAUCGCAGGGGAAUGAUCUAUACACUAAAACUGCUUUAUUUAGCUAAAGUAAUUUAGGUGACUAUAGUGUUCCUUUAAUUAUGCAAGUGGUAUGUGUUUGCUUUGUAUGUCACUGCAUAUUUAGUAAUAAUUUCUGUUUUAUUUUGCUGAUCAUUAUUUGGAGUGCUGCUGUGAUUAUAUGUAUUUAACUACUAUAUGCCUCCCAGUUUACCCUCCUGCUCACUGGCUGCUCACUUUGGGCAGGGUUGUUCCUUUAAUUACAUACAAGAGGCUCCUGCACGCUAUUAACAGAGCAGGAGAUACAUUGUAAAUUAAACAGAAUUAGCUAUAAAUGAAGAAAUUUAAAUUAGCUGACUCUCUACAGGAAGUCUUUAGGAAGGCUGUACAAGUCACAUGCAGUGAGGUGUGACUAGGACUGCAUAAACAAAGUGAUUUACUCCUAAAUGGCAGAUAAUUGCACAGUAAGACUGCAGUGGCAUAAUCUAUAAAUUUUCUAGGAAGUGAAGUGAAAUGUAAAUUUCAUUUUUAAAUUUUUUUUUUUUUUUUUUAAAUACAGAUUUCCAGAAUAAUAGCUGGGGUUAUGGAGCUUUAAUACCCCUUUAGCAAAAAUAAUUUAUAAAUGUGUUAACAUUUACUAAAGACUGACCUUGUAUGUUGUACUAAACCAAGUCUCUCUUACGAUAGGAUUGGUGACUGUAAUUGUGUGUAAGCUAGUAAAAUUAAAACUAGCACUGUGUUUAUUUUAUGUUGUAGAGAAGCAAGUUGAAGAUGGAAAUUGAGGACUACAAUGGCCGCUCUUAUAUCUCUGGUAUGUGUAGCCUCGUUUUAAUUUUGUUUACACUUAAACUGACCCGUUCAUGGUUCUAAGCACUGGAUAGCUUAUUUUUUUUUUAUUUUUUUUUCCUGAAAUGGAACUGCAACAGUCUUAUAUGGGAAAUGUACUUUAAUUAUGAAAAAAAUAAUUUCUAUUAUUAUUGAAGACCUACAUAUUGGUUAUAGGACAGAAAGUCAGGCAGGUUAAAAAUAUAAUACAUUGUUCUCUGUGCAGUGAAAUACACACACCGCUACCAUUCGCCUUAACAGAAAUGCUGGCUCUGCUCUCUCAUACAUGAUCUUUUUUUUUCGUCGUUGCACUGUGGCUCCAUGCUUCCCUUGAUGCACAUAUGGCUCUAAACCUCAGAUUGUAUAUCUUAAAACCGCUUGCAAAAGCUGCAAACCUUUUUCUUGGUUUUUGCAAGCCCUUCCCUUGUAACUCAGCCCAGAUUUUCUGUAGCUGUCAAGUUACAGACUUCCCAAUGCAGUUCAAUGAGAAGUUUUUGCAAGGCAGGUGAUCCUUUUUUCUUUUUUUGCUUUAAUGCAUGAAGUUGGCUCACUCCAAGUUAAAAGGGUAAGACGUGGGUCCCGUGCUCACUGUGCCUAGAGGGAUAUCCGCUAAACCUCACUGACGAGGGCCAAAGAAGGCUGAGGGUUGCUGUAUCUCUUGUGCAGAGGGAACUUGCUGGCAUUUCGGGUCUGGACUGCCCGUAUGAGUGGGGACCAGUCUGAUAUGCUUCAGAUAUGUUCUCUCUGUAAUGGCACAAAUGAGCAACUAUUGAGACCUGUGCAGGGAUGUACCAAAGGGCAAGCUAGAGAGUCUCUCUAAGCUUUUGUCCGUUCUCAGAGUUCUCCUUUUUUUUUUUUUUUGAUCUGAGCAAUUGCUUGCUUCUUGAGGUUAACUUCACUGAACUAAACAAUCAGAAAGCAACAGUACCGAUUGUCUGACAGCCAGAGGUGUGUAACAAGUUUAAUUUAUAAAAGUGCCACUUUCUGUUAAAAAUUGCACUUUCUGUAAAAUAUAAAAAAAAAAAAAGAUACUCUUCACGCAUUAAAGGAUCACUAUAGUGUCAGGAAAACAAAGUGGUGUUCCUGACACUACAGGGAGUGCAGAAUUAUUAGGCAAGUUGUAUUUUUUAGGAUUAAUUUUAUUAUUGAACAACAACCAUGUUCUCAAUGAACCCAAAAAACUCAUUAAUAUCAAAGCUGAAUAUUUUUGGAAGUAGUUUUUAGUUUGUUUUUAGUUUUAGCUAUGUUAGGGGGAUAUCUGUGUGUGCAGGUGACUAUUACUGUGCAUAAUUAUUAGGCAACUUAACAAAAAACAAAUAUAUACCCAUUUCAAUUAUUUAUUAUUACCAGUGAAACCAAUAUAACAUCUCAACAUUCACAAAUAUACAUUUCUGACAUUCAAAAACAAAACAAAAACAAAUCAGUGACCAAUAUAGCCACCUUUCUUUGCAAGGACACUCAAAAGCCUGCCAUCCAUGGAUUCUGUCAGUGUUUUGAUCUGUUCACCAUCAACAUUGCGUGCAGCAGCAACCACAGCCUCCCAGACACUGUUCAGAGAGGUGUACUGUUUUCCCUCCUUGUAAAUCUCACAUUUGAUGAUGGACCACAGGUUCUCAAUGGGGUUCAGAUCAGGUGAACAAGGAGGCCAUGUCAUUAGAUUUUCUUCUUUUAUACCCUUUCUUGCCAGCCACGCUGUGGAGUACUUGGACGCGUGUGAUGGAGCAUUGUCCUGCAUGAAAAUCAUGUUUUUCUUGAAGGAUGCAGACUUCUUCCUGUACCACUGCUUGAAGAAGGUGUCUUCCAGGAACUGGCAGUAGGACUGGGAGUUGAGCUUGACUCCAUCCUCAACCCGAAAAGGCCCCACAAGCUCAUCUUUGAUGAUACCAGCCCAAACCAGUACUCCACCUCCACCUUGCUGGCGUCUGAGUCGGACUGGAGCUCUCUGCCCUUUACCAAUCCAGCCACGGGCCCAUCCAUCUGGCCCAUCAAGACUCACUCUCAUUUCAUCAGUCCAUAAAACCUUAGAAAAAUCAGUCUUGAGAUAUUUCUUGGCCCAGUCUUGACGUUUCAGCUUGUGUGUCUUGUUCAGUGGUGGUCGUCUUUCAGCCUUUCUUACCUUGGCCAUGUCUCUGAGUAUUGCACACCUUGUGCUUUUGGGCACUCCAGUGAUGUUGCAGCUCUGAAAUAUGGCCAAACUGGUGGCAAGUGGCAUCGUGGCAGCUGCACGCUUGACUUUUCUCAGUUCAUGGGCAGUUAUUUUGCGCCUUGGUUUUUCCACACGCUUCUUGCGACCCUGUUGACUAUUUUGAAUGAAACGCUUGAUUGUUCGAUGAUCACGCUUCAGAAGCUUUGCAAUUUUAAGAGUGCUGCAUCCCUCUGCAAGAUAUCUCACUAUUUUUGACUUUUCUGAGCCUGUCAAGUCCUUCUUUUGACCCAUUUUGCCAAAGGAAAGGAAGUUGCCUAAUAAUUAUGCACACCUGAUAUAGGGUGUUGAUGUCAUUAGACCACACCCCUUCUCAUUACAGAGAUGCACAUCACCUAAUAUGCUUAAUUGGUAGUAGGCUUUCGAGCCUAUACAGCUUGGAGUAAGACAACAUGCAUAAAGAGGAUGAUGUGGUCAAAAUACUCAUUUGCCUAAUAAUUCUGCACUCCCUGUAUAGUGCCCCUCAGGGUCCCCCUCCCGAGGCGAUGAAGGCGUUAAAACCCCUUCAGCCACUUACCUUAUUCCAGCACCGGGCUCCCUCUACGCUGGUGACCUCUCCUCCCCCCUGUCGACGUCACAGGAGCUGCAUGCGCGACAAGUGCCGCGCGCGCAUUCAAAGUGUCCAUAGGAAACAAAAAAUUUGCAUCCAGCGUCGCAGAUGCGCUUCUAGUGGCUGUCAGGAAGACAGCCACUAGAGGCUGGAUUAACCCCAAAUGUAAACAUAGCAGUUUUUCUUAAACUGCUAUGUUUACAAAUGAAGGGUUAAAACCUGAGGGACCUGGCACCCAGACCACUUCAUUGACUUGAAGUGGUCUGGGUGACUAUAGUGUCCCUUUAAGCACUUAAGCUUGAAGUGCUUUAGUUGUCUGGAGAGUCCCUUUAAAUGUCCAGGAUGCCAACCUUUGCCGACACAGUAUGCAAUCUAGGGUAGCCAUUGUAUCCCAGGAAAUGAACCCUUUGCUUUGCAUGUCAGCAAUUGUAUCCUGCUGUUGCGGUACAUGCUAGGGACUGAUGCCAAAGAACAGAAUAGUCACAGUUUAGUCUAGUACUUGUGAUAUUCAGCACUGCAUGAACAUGGGAGAAUCGGUGCAGGGGCAAAAUAUAUUUGAAUUUGAAGGAAUCAAGGACAAAUGAAUGAAGCUUGAAUAUUGAAUCAGUGAGAGAAUCCAUUGUUUUGCACUUCAUUAGACAUGUGGACAAUCUGUACGCCAUAGAAAAAGGUCCACAUAAAGUCUCUGUUCAGUAUAGAAUCUGGCCAAUCUGCUUUAAUGUGAUGGUGCAUCUGUUUCAUUGUACGUGUGCUAUGUGUGCAUUUAUAGCUUUUUUUCCUUUUUUUCUUUUUUCUUCUUCUGCUUUUCAUAAAUGAUCAUUAAAACUACCUGUGGAAUCUCUAUAUUGUGUUUUUACAUGCCCCUCUAACUUUCUGCUCUGUAAGACUGUAUCUCCAGUGCAUUGGAGUUUAUUUCAUAUUUCUGGUAUCCUGCCACUUGAUACACCACUCCCUGCCUGUCUAAACAAAAUGUUUUCCUUGGCAUUGUAGCUGGUGACUCUUCCUUGGAAAAGGAUUUCUCAGAAGCUUUGAUCAGACCCACUGUGAGUACACCAAAUAGUCGCCAUUCAUCCCCGACCCGAUCGCUGAGUGGUAAGUAUAUUGUCCUUCUAAAAACUUUUAGUAUUGUUUAAAAAAAUAAACAAAAAAAACUACUGAACAUACAUUGGACUUCUCUGAUUAUCAAGGCUGUGAUUUUGAAUUUGUCAUUGGUGUUUUAUGCCCUAAAGAAAUUGAGCAUGGUAUUGUUGAUCUCUUUGUCUGGAUACGCACAAGUCUGUAUAUGCUAUAUAAAAAUUGCAGCAUGUUGCAUUUUUAAAGAACUUUUACUUGGAUUUUAUUGCCUGCUUAUGAUUAAUCCCUUCUUAAAACAUGGAACCCGUUAACCUUGUUUUUGGAUGCUGCACUGCUGACUUAAAUUCAUGAAUGCAAUGUUAUUGAAUAUAGAUGUUGUUAUGACCACAAAAAAUAAAACCAAGUAUUUACUUAUACAAAAUGCAGUAACUAUGUUGUUGUUUACUAACAAACUGUUUAAUGUAGAAUUCUAAUGAAGCUAAUUGGGUCUAUUUAAAAAAAAAAAAAAAAAAAAGACAAUACAUAUACAUACUGUUUAGCCAUAACAUUAAAACCACCUGCCUAAUAUUGUGUAGGUCCCACUCAUGCUGCCAAAGGCAUGGACCCCCCAAGACCUCUGGAUGUGUCCUGUGGUAUCUGGCACUAGCAAGACAUUAUCAGCAGAUCCUUUAAGUCCUGCAAAUUGCGAGUUUGGAUCUCCAUGGGUUAGAUUUCUUUUUUGUUCCAGCACAUCCCACAGAUACUCAAUCCGUUUGAGAUCUGGGGAAUUUGGAGGCCAAGGCAUUGCGAAAGGGUGCAUUAUCUGAUGAAAUAGGCCACUGUCAUCCGGGAACACCAUUGCCAUAAAGAGUUGUGCGUGGUCUGUAACAAUCUCUACAUGUCAAAGUAACAUCCAUGAGAGUGCCAGGGCCCAAGGUUUCCCAGCAGAACAUUGCCCACAGCGUGACACUGCGUCCACUGGGCUGCCUUCUUCCCAUAGCGCAUCUUUCCUUCAUCUCUUCUCCAGGUAAAUGAUGCACAUACACCCACCAUCCACCUGAUCUAAAAGAAAUUGAUUCAGACAACCUUCUUCCAUUGUUCCAUGGUUCAGUUCUGAUGCUCACAUAUGAAAGUGCUUUUGGAGGUGGACAUGGGUGAUCAUGUGUUUGCGGAUAUACAGCAAACUUCGAUGCACCGUGUGUUCUGACACCUUUCUAUCAUGGCCAGCAUUAAGAUUUUGGAAUUUGAGCAAUAGUAGUUCUUAUGUGUGAUUGGACCAGAUGGGUUAUAGCCUUAGCUCCCCAUGUGCCUCAAUGAGCCUUGGGCCGCCUGGACCCUGACACCAGUAUUCCUUCCUUGCAUCACUUUUGGUAGGUACUAACAACUGCCUACUGGGAACAGCCCACAACACUUGCCAUAUUAGAGAUACUCUGUCCCAGUCGCCUCGCCAUCACAAUUUAGCCCUUGCGAAGUCACUCAGAUCACUGUAACCUGCAGAACUUCAGAAACCAAAAAUCCAUAGAUGACCCAUCGUUUUUAUUUCAGUAUCAAUGGUUCAGUUUAAAAUUAUAAGCUGAACUUCCAUCAAGACAAUUACCAAUAAAAACCACACACACACACACACACACACACACACACACACACAAAUAGGUUAUGUACUUACCCUCCACGAAUGCUUGAACGCACCUUUUAGGCUCACUCUAGGUCCGAGGCCACGAUCACCAUGUGUUUCAAACCUCGCUGGCCACCUACUACCCAAGCCUUGCUGCAGUGUUACCACAACAACUGGGGAGCUAUUUAAAGCAGCAAAUCCCUUUAUUAGAAAUUGAAAGACUCCGUGAUCUUUUCUUCAAUCACCUCUGUAAUUGGCCAACCAGUUGCCUCACUUUAAUACAGGACUGCCUGGGGCUCCCCAGUUACACUGGCACAUACUGUGAACAUAAGGGUUGUUAUGCCUGAUAGAAGUUUGGGUCCCUUGCUCUGAAUUCUGCUGGCAACAUAAGGACUACCUCUGGAGGGCAGACCUAAUGUAGAGCUGUCCAAUGCUGGAUAGAAUAUUACAAAUAAAGUAAAGAGCUUACUUGUAUGCCCUCACAUAUAGCCCCAAUCAACAGUGUCAUUUCAAAUAAAUGGCAUAUGGGCAAAAAAAGUAUAAGGGGAAAAAAAUUAAUAUUUAGGACUGAAAGCCAUAAAUUCAACCUAGUGUUGUGUAAUUAAGAGUGCGCUAUUCACAACACACUGUCCAUUGUAUAUGGGAAAAGGCAAUUGCAGAGGCCCUGCUAUAAGAAGUUACUGUUACCAUGAGUUGACAAUUUAUAACUAUCAAUUUAGUCAUGCUUUAAUAUUACCAUAGCCAGCUAAUGACUAUGUAUGACUUAAAUUGUUACACGUCCUAAUCACCUGGUAGAGUUCUCCACUACUUUUCUAGGCUCCAUGUUACCAAAUCUUAUACGACACGUGUAACUUUACCCUAUAUAAGCGCAAUAUCAACACCUCCGGCUUCGUAAAUAUAAAUCAAAUUAUUCACACCAUGGACAAUGAUCAGUCUCUCCAUCCAUCUAAAAUGAGCCCCAUUUUAAGGGAACUUUUCAUGUGUUCUCACUGAUCCUUGUGCGUGUUCUUUCUCUGAAUGUCUUUACUUCAUAUAUCACUACUAGCCUUGAUCCAGUGAGUUCUUAUUUCCACGUUUGCAUUGAUGCUUUCAGGAGUAUUUAAAAGGAAGUUUUCAGUUUGAAGAGAAAAAAAGACAAACGCGGGAAUGGUAGAAUUUCCACUUGUAUGCAAUGUGAAGCAAUUGUACUCUGCUUGCUCUGGUACUGGAAUUUGCCAGCCAAGUCGCCUUGAUAGUCUUUAAUGUGGAAUAUCAAUGUUUUGUCCAUACACUGACAGGCUUCCUUUGACAGUAAUUUUAAAGCAUGGGACAGAAACAGAGUAUCAUGUAUAGACAGGCAGUGUGACAAAACCAUACCAGAGGGAAAUGUGUCCCAGUAUAGUGCUGUUGCUCCAUUGUGGCUUGACCACUUGAGAGACAAAAGCAAAACAAUUGUAGAUUAUUAGUUAUGAAAUUGUUAUGCAAAAUAGGCCAAUUGGCUUUUAGCUGUCAUAAUCUACAUUUUACAUUGCAAUUGUAAAUAGAGAUUAAAGGGAUACUCUAGUGCCCGGAAUACAAAGCGUUAUUUCUGGCACUACUGAUCCCUCCCCCUCCCCCCCUCCCUCGCGCCCUCCAACUCAGGUAAGUAAAGGGUUAAAACCCCUUGGUUUACUUACCUUAUCCCAGUGCCGAUGUCCCUCGGCGGUGGGUCGUAGCUCUGCGGCGAGCUGGGCCUAAAGCGCACAUUAGACCUCCCCAUAGGAAAGCAUUGAAUCAAUGCUUUCCUAUGGGGAAAAUCUGAUGCUGAAGGCCCUCAUGCAGAGCGUGAUGACGUCCUGCGUCCGAUAAUGGACCAAAAGUCAGUUACAAUUCCGGAAGCGCCACCAGUGGGGACACAGCAUCCAGACCAUUUCAAUGAGCUGAAGUGGUCUGGGUGCCUACAGUGUCCCUUUAAGAAAAGCCAAUGAUGGGUAUAAAUAUGAGGAAAUCUUAAAAAAUUUUUUUAAUGUCAAUUUGAACCUGUAUUUUAAGUGGCGAUAGAGGUAGGGCAUAGCAUUACUAAUAACGGAAAUGGUGGAUGAUAAGAAAUAGUGGCAUAACUUUUUACAGAUACAUAAUUUGGUAGAUAAAAUAUGAUUCUUGAACCUCUUUCAGGUCCCCGAUACUUAGAUAAUUGUGGUCAUAACAUUUGUUUCAUGGGGUUCGAGCAGGUACACAGCAUGUAGUGUUCCAAGUCUAACUUAUUAUGUUAUUUCAUUGCAUUUUAAUGUUACUCCCAUCCGUUUACUCUUUACAGCUAAUUCCAUCAAAGUAGAAAUGUAUAGUGAUGAUGAAUCUGGGCGCCUUCUUGUCCACGACGACCGACUAAGUGAGAAAGAAGAUGGGGGCUUGCCUGAUGACUCGCUGGUCGAGCCACUAGGCUACUGUGAUGGUUCUGGUCAAGACCCACAUUCUCCUGGAGGCAUUCGCCUCCCCAAUGGCAAACUGAAGUGUGAUAUUUGUGGAAUGGUCUGCAUUGGACCGAACGUUCUGAUGGUGCAUAAAAGAAGCCACACGGGUAAGCCAGAGCUGAGUGAAAACUAUAGUGUGAUGGGACAGAGGGCACGUCGAUGGCCAUUAUAGUGAUAUUAAAUCCUUUUACUUCAGUAUCAAUUAGGGUUUGGGAUGGCGUGCUGGUAAUUUUUGCUUUGUUCAUGUAUUGAGAUAGUGCUAUAGUUAGUGCAGCCAACCUAAAGAGAUGUGAUUUUGAGCGCCAGGAUGGUUUGGUUGGUAAUCAGUUGAUGUUCAGUUCUAGAGUAAAUAUGAGGUCAAAAAAGGUGAAUUGACUUAGUGUGAAGAAGUGGUUUUCACAUGACUAUAUGACCAUUUCGUUUUCUGUGGAUCACUAGCUAAUAAUCGACUGCCGUAGAGGCUGAACUCUACUUAGUUGAAACUAGACUUCAGUUCUACAAUCGAAUGAACAAAUAUGUUAUGUAUGGAAACCCUGUCUUUUAAUUUUUAGAUAAGUGUAAUUUCUUUAUCAUUCCUCAUCCAUCCUGCAGCAUCAAUUGGCUCACACUUAAUUGCCCAAGCUUUCUCUAAGUAUAGUAGUUAUUGUGAAAAAUAAAGUUGUCAGUUAGAUACGAUUAGCUGUUUAUGGUCCACUUUGUGAACAGACUGCAAGGUCUUGGAUUAUUGUACAGUGUUAGUGCAGAAGCCUGCCUAGUGUUGAUAGAGAGGAGAUGUAUAACUGUACUGAAACCAGUAGAUCUGGACAGUUUAUAGACUUAUAGUAGCAAAACAAGGAAGGUUAGAGAGCAUAGUAAAUGACAAGGGAUGUAUCAACAUUUGUUAAUUGUUCCUUUCAGUGAAAUUCUCUUCCUUUCUAAUGGUAGCUCCUAAAGCUGAAAAUGGGGGAAUACCUUCUCUCCAGAGCCUUGGAUUUUAGGCUGACUUCUAAUUUGCACAAAAUGCUGUGGGAAGUAAGUGGGAGGGCCAUUGAUCCCCUAUGUCUGUACGUUACUAACCAGCUUGCUGUUGUGUUGCAGCACUCAGCGGGGACUUUAUGUUUGAUGCUGUUUCAGGUGAGCGACCUUUCCACUGUAACCAGUGUGGUGCCUCAUUUACUCAGAAGGGGAACCUAUUAAGGCACAUCAAACUGCACUCGGGUGAGAAGCCUUUCAAGUGCCCAUUCUGUAACUACGCUUGCCGUCGUCGAGAUGCACUAACAGGUCACCUGCGCACCCACGCUGGUGAGUGUGCUACGCUUGACCUGUUUUGUUAAACAACCAAUCUUUCAUUGUGGGCAUUCAGCCAUUCUGGUAUUCUUUGCUUCUCUGAAGUCCCAAAUUGGUGCUAUCUGUAUAAGUCUAAUGUGCUGUAAGUGCAUGCUAUGACCAAAUAAAUAUGUUACUUUAUUUUUCACAUGAUUCUAAAAUAGGUAUUUUUUGUAUCAGAUCUAUAAAAUUAGAAUUUGUUGGAAAUUACCAAUUAUUAUUAAAAACAUUUUUUAAGAAGGAUAAAAAAAGAACUCUGCCCCACUAUCACUGUGACAGUAUAAUGACAGAGAACCCAAGAAUGCUAGAGGUCUCUUAACUGUCCUUUUCACUUUGCGGGGAUGCAUGCUAAAGGGAAUUUAUCAUUAAAUGGCCUUAAUUAUAUAUUUUCAGUAUGUUGGUGCCUAUUUGUAUCCAAUUUACCAUGCAUUUUACUAGAACUUCUACAGUUGGCCAAUAUGACGCAAGUACUACGGGAUGUAAUAUACUUUUACAUGACUCUUUUAAGGCAGCCAUGAUAAAUUCCCUUUGACACAUAUGUUCUAUGUUCCUCCUUUCUAUUUGAUUUAUUGGAGACAUAUCCCUGUUUUAUGGGAAGGCUCUAUUUUUCAUUUUUUCCAGUCUCCUCCCCCACAGUCGGCAAGCCCUACAAGUGCAACUACUGCGGCCGCAGCUACAAACAGCAGAAUACGCUGGAAGAACAUAAGGAGCGAUGCCACAACUACUUGCAGAGCCUCAGUAAUGAAGCCCAGCAUCUCCCUGCACAUCAAGGUGAAUGACCUUCUGGAAGGGUACAAACAGGAAAUGUAUGUAUAUAGGGUUCAGCAGCAUGCACCUUUAUUUAUUUGUUGCCAGGUAUGGUCUUGGUGUGCAUAACCUUAUUAAACAGGUGUUUGAAAGUCUUGAGUAUGGAAGGUUUUUCUUGCAAAUACACUAUUUAUCUCCCUGUUUCCAUCUAUUAUUAGAUGUGUUUGUAUAAUGUCUUGGAGAACAGAAAGUACCAGAAUAACCAGUUCCAAGGAUACCAUACAUGGCUUGGUAAAUCUGAAUUAUUAACACUUUUUUGCAGUGCUUAUCUGGAAAACUGCAAUAUAAUUACUAUUCAUGAGAGAUGCCAGGGAUAUAAAACACAAAGCCAGAAAAGUAAUAUUAUCCAUCUGUAAACAUUAAGUGACCAAAGUUGGCCUUAGCCACUGGCUUUGUUGACUGGCAGUCUUUCAGUCAAAACAAGGCUACAGAUUUAAGCAAAACACAUGACCUUGGGAAAAAAGCUUAAUUUAAUUAUUGGCUCAUUGUGUAGUGAAAAAAGGAAGAACCAAAGAGUCAGGAUUUAUUGGUUUCUGUAGCACCUAGGAAGCCAAAUUAGCUACUUAAAUGGAAACUAAAGUUGUUUUCCUGGUACUAUUGCUUCCUAUGGUGCUCCCCUCCAUUGUUGUCCUGCCCUCCUUCUGUCACCUGAUUCCAGCGUUGUGGGCUGUGGAUCAGGCUCUUCCCCAAUAGGAAAGCAUGUAUGAUGCUUUCCUAAAGGGUUUUACAUGAUGCUGGAUGUCCUUUGCUAUUCUAUGAUGGUCAUGUUCCAAAAUUGCUAUCUUCUGGACCUAAAGUGACCCUGUAUUCACCAGAACAUCUACAACUUAAUGUAGUUGUUCUGGUGUCUAAAAAGCCUGCAGGGAAUAGGCAGUUAUGUAAACACUGCCUUUGAGACAAGAUGGCUACAUAACCUCCAACAUAAGUCUGUCGCUAUUAAGUCAUAUAGUAUUUUAUGAUCAGGGCUAGUUGCAAGAAAAAAUGUGAGGCCACUUUAUUUUCUUAGAAACCAUUUUAAUGCUAAUUUUGGCAAAUGCAGACAAUUGGAAAACUUUCGAUGAAAGUGCAUUGAGAGUAGUGGAUGCAGGGGAGGUAUAGGUGGGGGAUAGGGUAUGAAGUGGGUGCAUUGGUGAUAGGGGCCAUGGACCCAGGGGGUUGAGACUCUUGGAGGCACAAUCAUUGUUUUUAUAAUCUGUAUUGGUAUCUGGCAUGCCGCUUUACCCAUUCCCCAACCCCCUUCCAAUGUAGCAUGCAAAGGCACCACUUGUUGCUGGCGGCCAUGUCAUAUCCCUUCUCCCUGUAUACCACGUGGCAUAGGAUGGAACUUGCUGAGCCUCAACUUAUCUGCAUUGUGUGAGAAAGUUGUCAGUGUUUGACUUGAGCAAGGAGAAAGUUGUAAAUCUGAGGAAGGGGAACUAAUUGUAUAUAGGGCUUAAGUAUGAAUCUGUGUGUAUUACUGUGUACAUGUAUAUCGGUGUCUGUUUAACUCUGUGCCUGGAUGUUUCUAUGCUAGUAAGUCUGUAUCCCAACUUCUCCUUCUUUCUAUCUUUCUACUCCCGGCAGUCGGUGAUGUCUCUCCACAGGUUGCUACUCCAUUUUAAGUCUUCUUGAACUCAAUGCUGCCUUUGACACUUUUGAUCAUGCCCUUUUUUUCCAAACUCUUCAAUCCCUUCCUGUCUGUGACACUGUCCUCUUGUUGUUCUCAUCCUAGAACUCCCAAUGGUCAUUCAGUGUCUCCUUUUCUAAUGACACCACCUCUCCUUGUCCUGUCUUGGUCGGAGUUCCCCUAGGAUCUGUUCUUGGUCCCCUUUUGUUUUCUCUUUUCACUGCUUCUCUUGGCAAGCGUAUUAAUUCCUUUGGAUUCCACUACCAUCUAUAUGCCGAUGACCCCCAGAUAUAUUUCUCCUCCCCUGAUCUCUCCCCCACUUUCCUAGAAUGCAUCACUGUAUGCCUUUCUUCCAACUCUGAUUGGAUGUCCUCCUGGUUUCUGAAACUCAAUCUCUCUAAAACUAAGCUUAAUAUUUUUCUUCCUCAUAAUCCUCCAUGGUCUUCCUCUUUCACUCUCCCUGCAAGUUGAUGAUCCCUGCAUUAUCCUAUACUUGCAAGAUCGCGGUCUUGGUGUUAUGUUUGAUUCUGGCCUCACCAUUACACCUCAUGUCCAGACUCUUGAUACAUCCUGCCGAUUCCACCUUAAAAACAUUGCCCAUGCCCUCCCCUUUCUUACUCAAGAUGCUGCUAAGCAGCUUGUUUAUGCUCUAGUAAUUUCUCUCAUUGAUUACUUUAAUUCCCUCAUAAUUGGUCUCCCCAGAGACUGCAUGGCCUUGCUACUGUCUGUAUGAAUGCUACCGCAAGGCUGAUUUUUCUCUUCUGUUGCUCCUCUCACACCUCGCCCCUCUGUCAAUCCUUAUAUUGGCUUCUUGUACCCUAUAGGAGUCAUUUCAAAAUGCUAACCCUUACCUACAAAGCUCUAAACAAUUCUAGCCCUGUUAUAUUUCUUCAAGUCGUAGGUAUGCCCCUUCUUGUUCUCUCUGCUCUGCUGGUGACCACCUCCUGUCUGCUGCUUCAAUAGAAAUUGUCACUUUUACAAAUGAAUCUUGUUACACCCACCUGGCUGUCAGUCAGACAACCGGUCCUAUUACUUACCUCUGUCUUAGCUCUGUGGAUCUAAACUCAAGAGGCUGGCAAUUGUCCAGACCACUUGUGAAAUGUAAAGGAAGCUUGGAUGAUUUCACGGUGACCGUUUACCUGUCUUAAUCUGAAGGCAACACAUGAUUUACUAUCCCGUUAAUGUCCUCUUAGAAAUGACAUAGUGACAUUUUAUAGGUAAUGACCAUUGCAUUACAUUACAUUGCAUUGGAAAAAUUGCUAGUAAUUAUCUAGUGUAAAUAUUAUUAUAUUCAUGUUAUUUUUACUUUGUCAAAUAUGGUGUCCAUAGACACCCAAGUGAUGCAGGUGCAGACACACACAUUUUUUUUUUUUUUUUUAGUGCCUUUGAGUCUCUCUGUGAUGCAUCAUGCAAGUGGUAUUACUUCCAUGUUGACUUUUAUUAGAUUGUGAUUUCUUCACUUUCACCCUGCAAAGUUUCUUGUUGGUGCUAUAGCUGGCACAUUUUACUAGCAUAGCACAAACAACUCGCCCAUUCUCUUCUCUCCUUUCCUUCCAGGUGAGGAGAUUCGAGACCUGGUGCUGAGACCAGAUUCACUACUGCAUCUCUCCUCUGACCCGCCGUCUUAUAUGGACCGGCUGGCAUGCAGCCUUACUAAACGCAAGCGCUCCACACCUCAGAAAUUUAUGGGUAAGAGCACAUGUACAUGUGUAUUGGAGGGGAGCAGUAGUGAUAAUGUAAAGCUUGUAUGUCACAAUAUUAAAAUUAGUAUUCUGUCUGUCAUGGUGCUUAGAGCACCUACAGUUCUUCUAUACGUUUAUAUCUUGUGCUGUGCAGCUACAGCAAUUUAUUUUUUAGACAUUUAUAAGAGACAUUGUACCUUCAGUUAAAUUCAGCUGAAAACACUUUGAUAUAGAAUAUCAUUAUAUGGUCAUGCUUUAUAAUGUAAUAAAUUACAUGUAGCCAAUUAUAGCAUUUUUUUUUUUUUUUUGUAUAAUUUCUUCCAAAAUACCUGUCUAGGUACUUCAUAAGAUCUCCCUGGUUUCCUUUACUCUUGUGGGUGGCAUGGAGUCUGGUAGUGGGCUUGUUAACCUUUAUGAUAAUUUUUGAUACUGAUAUGCAGCAAACAAAAUAAGUCACUGCACACAGCAUCUCGAUGAACCUCCCAGCGCUCAGUGCCAAGGGGACCUCAAACCCCAUGUCUUAUACAAACAACCACUUUAGGUCGGACUUCAACAGAUCUUGAAGCAGAUUUUUCACAAAAUCAUAAAGUUUCAGCCAAUGUUUCAUGCUUAAAUAAAGAUCUUUAAUUCAUAAUCUGUUGAAACCUGAUCUAUACUGUUUUUUUGUUUUUGAACAUAGAUAAUAUUUUAGAAACCUUUCUUAUAAACAGCCCUAAAUGUAUAGCAGAGACAUUUUUGUCUUAUGUUUAUUUUCUUUUUUUUUUUCUUUGUACUGCAGAUCAAGACAGACAGGUCAUAGAAACUUUUAGUUUAAGGUUCACUUCUAACAUAAAUUAACAGUUUGUGCCCCCCACAAGUAACAUUUGAGACAUACCAGUUAAUGAGUACUGUAAAAUGUGCUUUUUAUCUGAUUGAUUUUCAGUCUAAGUAACACAUUCCAUUUUAUUUAGGAGAGAAACAGAUGCGGAUGAGUCUGAAUGACCUCCCGUAUGACAUGAACUCGAGUUUCGAUAAAGAUGUAGAAAUGGUGCCCCAUCACCCUCUGGAUCCUGCCUAUGGCAACGCAUUGGCUUUUGUGGGAGGACCUAUGCGCUUACCACCAUCAAACUGUAUCUCAGAGAUCACUCCGGUUAUUAGCUCAGUGUACACCCAACUACAGCCCAUGCAAGGAAGGCCAGACAUGCCAGGAAAUCGGGAAGCAGCAGAGGGUCAUGAGGACCUACCUGAUGGAACACAAAUUCAUUACAGAGGACGAAGUGAGCAUGGGGCUUCCCCUACAAAUGGCUGCCAGGACUCCACAACAGACACUGAAAGCAACCAUGAGGAGAGGGGAUCCCAGGCUACCAGCAGCCGGCAGAGCCCGGCCUACGCCAAAGAGGACCAGAGACCACCUGAGGCAGGGGUAGUACACCACUCCCGCUCAUUGCCUGGCACUGCCAAAGAAACCCUGCGAGUGCUGGGAGAGGAUGGGGAGCAAGUGAAAGCAUUUAAGUGUGAGCACUGUCGGGUACUCUUCCUGGACCAUGUAAUGUUUACAAUCCACAUGGGUUGCCAUGGCUUCAGAGACCCUUUCGAGUGCAAUAUCUGUGGCUAUCAUAGCCAGGACCGGUACGAGUUUUCAUCACAUAUUGUGAGAGGGGAGCACAAGGUUUAACAGAGGGAACGGGGUGGAGCAAGGGAAACUGCACUCACCCCAUAGGGCACAGAUGCACAGUCUUGCCUAGUGGCAGACACCAAUUUAUGGCUAGGCCUUUCUAAGCGUGGCCCCUUUAAAAGGUUUUAGUCUUUUGUUGGUUUUAUUUUUGACUUUUUAAAAGUAAAAAAAAAAUUAUUUGACAUAAUGGGUGGGUAAUUAAAAUUAAAGCACCUUUACAUGUUUUGUUUUCUUAUUUCACUACUGUAAUCCACAUGUUAUGUGUUUGAAAUUGCAAAUAAUGAUGUAUUUUUUCUCAAAUACCGUACCUAAGAGUUACAUAUGACAGAACCAUUAACCCAUCUAGAGUGACAUUUCUACUUCAUAUGGCAUAUUAACAGAAAUAGGGAAUGAAGUAAUUUUACAUUUAAAAAAAAAAAUUUUUUUUUUUUUUUUAAAGGGGUCAAGGCACUACUGGAUUAAUGGUCAUGUGAGCUUGUUAGACGAAUAUACAAAUUGCUGGUUAUCUAGCCUCACUUUGGUUCAUGCACUUAAAGUGCCUUGUUGCCUGUUGGGGUACACUGUCACCAAGAGAGUACAGUGUUAAAAGUAAAAGUCUUUACCUUUGCUGCCAGAUGGGAAGUCGUUAGCUAGAUUAUCAAAGUUAUUAGUUCCCUUGUCUAGGUCUUUAUUUUUUAAAGGAUGGUCUCCCAGUCUUCUAAAUACGCACAUAGCUCCACAACUAUCUCCAGCAAGGGACUUGGGGAGUAGCAGGACUGGUCUAUCCCUUGAAAGUGGUUAAGUGAUAUCGCCGGUUUUCUCCGCACUUUUGGGAAGUGAGGAUAUAAAACUGUACUUGCCACUCAAAUCUCUAAAGCACUCUCUCUUUUACUUCCUUGCCCAACAAUGUGUUCUUCUUUGCACUGACAGAUUGACAACAGACUAAUGAACGUGAAUUAGUUGCAUAUUGAAAGAUAAACUGCUACCAAGAAGAAGUCCCUAGAGGGUUAAAAAAAAAAAAAAGCAAGCAAACUAAAAAAUAAAAUAAAAAUAAAUCUAUUUAAAUAUUGUUAACUGUGCAGCUGAAUAUUUUCCCCCCUUAGAUAUUUUUUUUUCUCCCCUUGCUGCUGGAUGGGCCUACCAUUCGUUGCAGUGCAGUGAGUUUUAAUGCUGCAGAUUAUGUUGCAGUUAAGGGGUUAAAAUAUUAACGCUCUUGUAAUUAUUUUUGUCAAUAUUUUCUGAAUAUUUUGUAUAUCCCUUAAUUUGUCCACUUACAUCAUCCUGUCUUAAGCGUCAGUUCUUCGAUCUUGUUACAGAGAGACACAUGCACACAUAGCCUGGUCAUAAGAAGUAAGCCUUUUUUACUUUAAUGCUAAAUACUUGCUGUGAGAUUAAUAGGGGUAACACUUGUGUCCAUGUUAUGAUCAAUUAAUGUAAAAACAAUCUCAGAUGGGUUUUACACCUUUUUUGUUAGUGACACAAUAAGCAGUUAUGUUUUGAGCAUUACUGCUCAUGUUUGUGUGCCUUGAAUGCAAUGCAACUUUGCAUUCGUUGGGUAACUUUCUUUAAAUUACACAAUGUCUCUCCAUGUCCAAAGGAGGAGGACCAUGUUGCUCAUUCCUUGGUGCUGAAAAUGGAAGCACAUCUUGUGGUCUUCUGAAAGUUUUAACUUAGAGACACCCCAAGCACUCUAACCACUAGUUUAUUGCAGCGAUGAUGGUGUAAGGAGGCUACGUGUAUAAUCCAAUUCAGUUUUUGUUCAUUCCAUUUCCAAGAUGUUUGUAAAGGUUUGGAGUGUGUAAUCUUAGGGAGCUGGAAAUCUAGUGCUUGCAAAUGGUUUGAUAGUAACUGGGGGGUGGGGAGUACAUUACUAGUGUCAUAACACCAACAGCACUAUGGCAAGCUGUAAUGAUUAUAAUGCUUGGCAUGUCCAUUUAAUAUAAAGACUGAAUUCAGAUACAGUAUUUGUAUGUUCAUUAUUAUUACCCAGUAAAAUCUGCGACGGAUUGCAUACAACAGAUGAUGUACCUUUGCAAAACAAGAGCCAAAAAAAGUAUAAUGCCUAUCUACCACCUUGCUAGAAACCUAAUCUGUGGAGAGCAUUAUUUUCUUUGGAAGAUUUUCCUGACAACUAGAGCCACAUGUCAGUUAUAUUAAGAAUGAAGAAAUCCUGAUAAUAUAACUAGAAGCAAAGAGUUUAGUGAUCUCAAAUAACAAGACUGUGACGACAGCCAGCACGAGAAAUUAGUAGGCUCUAUAUUAACUUCAUGAUAAUGAAAAUUGGAAAUAGCUUUAUUUGAAAGUUCAACUUUUCUUAUGUGGGGUACUUCAUUUGAAUUAUACUGUUGCUUUAAUUAUGCAUUCACUAUAGUAAUUACAAAAUGAGACAAAGUAUUUUUAUUAAUUAUUUAAAUCUUGUGGUAACUCAGAAAUUCCCAUAUUUUUCUGCAGCUUCGAUCAGCAGUUUUAUUUUUAUUUUUUCCAUGAAUGGUACAAUGUCCGUGACAGGGAGGUUGAUUGAGAGAAUACUGCUAGUUUCCAUGUGGAUUACUCCUUAUUUAGUACUUUACCUCAGAAGAGGGACCUGUGUUUGCCUUGAUAAAUUACCCCCCCUAUCCACAUCAUAAAGGUGAGGGGUUCCUUUUCACCUCACGUGCAGCAUUGUUAUUGCAUGUAGAUACUUUGUACUGAUUACAAUUACAUCACUUAACCAAGAUAGAAACAAAAUGUUGCUACCCUUGUAUUUACUGAACCAAUAAUGACACUGUGACAGUCCUCAACUCUUCAUAAUGAUGGAAGGGAAUCUGGGCAAUAAAUGUUCCAUGCCAUUGCUCGCUUGUCCAUUACAGGGAAAAGUACUCUAGCAAGUGGCUAUAAAGACUCCCAUUAAUUUCACAUGUUUACAUUAGUUUGGUAUGAAUCUCAGAUUACAUAUCAGUGAAAAUAAAUAUUUGCCACAUUUUCUUAUGAUGGUGCGUCAAACUUCCCCAGAAGUAGAAUUUAGCAAUGACUCUUGCACUGGUCCUCUAAACAGUUAUGUUCCUAUUUUCUAGAAUUAAUUUUUAAAAAGCAUGUGACAUCCUUACUUCCAACCACUGUGUACUAAAUAAAAAUGCCAAUCAGUGUUUCGUGUGGAAACACAAAUGUAUACCAAAUGCAUCAACUGAUAAAGGCCAUUUAAAACUUCAUUAUUUUCCCCAAUGCUUUUAAAGGGGCAUGUUAAGCACCAUAACCGCUACAUCCUGCUGUAGUGGUUCUGAUGCAAGCAGUUUCACAGUGUAACAUUUAAGAUUCAAUCUGUUUGACAUCUACCUGGGUCCCAUGUGUGGCACCUUCUUCACUGAUAUUGCUUAAGCGAACGUUCCUACUAAUGAAUUAGCAAUAUCAACUCUGUUUUAUCUUUAGACAGAAUUCUAGUGCUAGCUGACACUCUUCAGUCAAUGUGUUCUUCCCAAAUUUGGAUAAAAUUGAUAUUGCUGAAGUUGAAGAGAGGCUGGAAUGUGGCACCCAUGGAAUCCAGGUAAAUAUCAAACUGUGCAAAAAUGUUUGCCUCUUAAUGCCCUCAAGUCACCAUAACCACUAACAGUGUGCUGUAGUUGUUAUGAUGCUUAGCGUGCCAAAUAAAAAAAUAUAUUCUAAUAUACAAUGGGAUAUGUGGCACAUAUCCUCUACUUAUUAACCUAGUGCUAAUGUAAGAAAAUAACCCACAGGGUUCAUCUGGGCUACAUUUCUAAUAAUGCUUUUAUAGUUCUGAGUACUACUGGUGAGCCUACUAAUCAGUUAUACUGGUAUGCUCCAGGACACAGUGCCCGUGUAAGAAUUAUUUUACUCUUGCACUACACUGCAUUAAUUUUGCAAAUACAACCAUAUAUAAUUCUUGUAAGGUAGUUCAUAUUCCAGAAAAUAAUGUGCUUGGAGCUAUUAUGCUCUCUGUCAGAGUAAGUGGUAAUAAGGCCAGGCAUGGUAUUGCAAGUUCUAGAAGGUGACUGCAUAAACCACCCGUCUCCAGCACAAAACCGUCACCUUUAGAAAAGUCUUACAAGGCUAAAGCCCCUCCUUCCCCCUUAAUUGUAUGACUAGAGAGCUUUUAAAAAGCACUACAAUAGGAAAUGACUGAUAUAUUUGCAAAUAACCAAAAACAUGCAAUGCUUUAAUAACACACAUUUAACACUAUUUGAUUUCCAUUUCACUUUUCUCAAAGAUUUAGCUUUGUGGUGCUUUCUCCUUAGUAGCUCAUGUAAAAGAACCUUUUCCUAUUGUUUUGCUUGAAUCCCCAGCAGCAAAACCAGGGUUCAAACAACACUCAAUGAUAGCAUGUACCAUUCUACCAUGAAUUUGAAACCAAAGGCCGUUUCAUUUAUUUCUUUUAUACAACACAAAACACCUCAAAAUUACAAAUAUUCUUUUGUUAAUCAAUAUGGGACUAUAUAUUAGGACAAAAUGAAAUAAUUGCAGUAAAGGCUACAUCCCUGUGAACAAUCUUUCCCAUUCUCAUGCUGCUCUAGAUGCUUUUGAAGUGGCCCUUAUUCUUUUAGGCUUUAACCAUACAACUGAAUUAGCCUGUGAGUGGUUACAAAACCAGCUAUUCGGACACCAUUAACUUAUUCUUCUAACACAGUAGUUUUCAACAUCUAUCAGGACUUUCUGUAAAAAAAUUUUUGUACUUUAUACAUUCAAGACUUUUCCCACAACUCUAAACCUAUUACCUAAUACAAAAAAAAGUUUUAUUUAUAAGGAAAUAUACUACAACUUCUUCAUUUAUGUACAUACUUCCCCGUCAGAAGCCUUUACAGUAGCUCAAAGAAAAGAUCUUUUUUUUUUUUUUUUUUAAAGAACAGAACAAACCUGCCCAAUUGACUAUUGAAUAUACCUUCAACAUCUUGUUAGAGACAUUGCAGACCAGUUAAAGACUGUACACUACCUGGGGUGUAUGUAUUCUGCCAAUUUAGCGUUGUGCCUAUAGAGAGUUACCACUGAAGCCCUUAGUAGCCUGGCAUUUUUACUGACCGCUUUGUUUAUAUUGUUCUUUUCUUGACUUUAUACUACCUGGCUCUUAAAGUUCUGCGAAAUAAUUCUAAGCUAGGCUCACACAAUCCCAGUUUAGAGAAUUGACCUCUAAUACACGAUCAAACUGCAAAUAUUUUUGUCAAUAAUAUAUUAUGACAAUAAAUUAUAUUAUUAAUAUAGGAUAUAUUAUCAAGAUGAUUUGAUUGGGUUCUAUUAUAGAAAUGUGUCUUCCCAUACUGAUCAAUUAGUGUUCAAAAGGCAAUUAAAACUGAAAAUGCAUUCAACUGGGUUAUAAUUCAUGUAAACGUCUAUCUAAUGAGUGUGCUGUGGCAGCAUGUAUUUUUGAAUAUUAGAAAAAAAACACUGCCAUUUAACAACAGAUGUAAGAGUUGAGAUGUAAGACUUAUAAGAACAGUAGCUAUCGUGGAGGGAUCUGUACGUGUAAAAUAAAAAAAAUGCUAAUUCACCACAAAAUCCACAAUCAGAACAAGUCUAACAAAAAGUAUUCUACUUCUAUUUUAUCAAUGCAAAGUAUUGAGGGUUUUUUUUUUUUUUUCUUCAUCAGUUUAAAACUUUAGUCUUAAAGCAUUUCUGUCGUGCUUUGUUCUGUUAUUGGCUCAAUAGUUAAGAAAUCUCCUUUACGUUACAGUCCUCCUUUCUCAAUUCCGUGAAAUUGUACCUUCCAUUUACCCCUCUCUACCUCUUGCAACUCUCUCUGCAAAUUCCAUUUUAGCUGCCCUUUUGCUGUCAAGCAAGUUACACCGCAGUGGCCAUCACAAAACUAGGCACAAAGUAUUGUCUACAUUAUACGCAACACCUAUAAAAGGAGAUUCACGUGGGGAAAGCCACGAUAAACAAAACCAGAUUAUAGUAAAGAAUUGUAUAUGUUUAAAACAAAACAUUACAGAGAUGCUUUAAUUUAAAUGUUUAUAUACUGUUAAGACUGAAGAGCUACAGGCUGUGUUAGGUCUUUCUAUGGUGUCCUUAGUUGGGGGGAGUUAAAUAUUUUGUUACCUUCCCCCCUCACAUUUCAGUAACUGUAGUUUUUAGCAGGUCAACACAUGCAGUCAUUUAUCAAUAUCAUAAAAGCCUGCACUGUUCGAUAAAUUAUGUAGAUAGUGUCUGCAUUUAAAAAAAACAUCUUUUGCUUUAGCAAACAUUUCACAUGCAGUUUUAAAUCCUUGAAAACCCACCAAGACUUACCCAGUAAACUGUGAUACUGUUACACACAUCAAACAGACAGGCCAUGAUUUUGUACACUUUAAGAGGAAUAGAGUUAUCAAGCAAUGUGGACACUUAAAAAGGGUUUUUAAAAAGUCAGCAUUUUGUAUCUAAAUCUAUUAAUAUUUUCUCUUUUUAAAAAGCCCAAGAAAUUAUCCAUGGUGUUCGUUCCUUGUUUCUAACAUUUCAACAGAAAAGUGCAAUAUUUCUAAUUUCCCAUGUUAUUAUAAGUAUUUUCCUGGGUUCUGUUAGAUUUUGUUAGUGUUACCACCCUCUUUGUGAGGUUAAACUUGCUUUUAAAUCUUGCUGCAAAGCUUUUUUUUGUAUCUGUAACAUAGUGUAAGUAAACAUUUGUGUAAUGGAGAUAAUGUAUGUUUUGUAUUGUUCUGGCUGAAGAUCUGUUAUAAAUAAAAUCGGAGUCAUUUAUCAUGUUUGUUUAUUUUUUCUUCUAAAUUCUAAAUAGAUAUACUGCCCCUAAUCUACUUCCAAUGACUACCACAAGAUGGCAGUAAGCGAAAUAUUGUUUAUGAACUGAUGGACAUAACUUUAUUUAGGAUGCAGAAGUGUUUUCAAAGCGGCAUUUUAUUUCUGAUC